UGUACUCUGUAAACUAGAAGCAAAAAGUGUUUGCACAGAGGCAUUACCGCGACUGCAUUUGAAACCAAAACUAGUUUAUACGCCAUGGACAGCAAGGGUCGACAUGUAAUCGUUUGCGACAAUGGCACCGGGUUCGUCAAAUGCGGUUAUGCCGGCAGCAACUUUCCUGCACACAUUUUCCCGUCGAUGGUCGGCCGGCCCAUCAUCCGUGCCGUGAACAAAAUCGGAGACAUCGAAGUGAAGUGAUCGAAUGCUACGCGAAUGCUUAUGCUGAUGGGUGUUUUGUAUGUUGUAUCUCGCAGGAUCUGAUGGUUGGCGAUGAAGCGUCGCAGUUGCGUUCGCUGCUGGAGGUGUCGUACCCGAUGGAGAACGGUGUGGUGCGCAACUGGGAAGACAUGUGCCACGUGUGGGACUACACGUUUGGGCCGAAGAAGAUGAACAUCGAGCCGACCAACACCAAGAUCCUGCUCACGGAGCCGCCGAUGAACCCGACAAAGAACCGGGAGAAGAUGAUCGAGGUGAUGUUCGAGAAGUACGGCUUCGACUCGGCGUACAUUGCCAUCCAAGCGGUGCUGACGCUGUACGCGCAGGGCCUGAUUAGUGGCGUCGUCAUCGACUCCGGUGACGGUGUGACGCACAUCUGCCCGGUGUAUGAGGAGUUCGCGCUACCGCAUCUAACCCGGCGGCUCGAUAUUGCCGGGCGGGAUAUCACGCGCUACCUGAUCAAGCUGCUGCUGCUGCGUGGCUACGCGUUCAACCACUCGGCUGACUUCGAGACGGUGCGCAUGAUGAAGGAGAAGCUGUGCUACAUUGGCUACGACAUAGAGAUGGAGCAGCGGCUCGCGCUCGAGACCACGGUGCUGGUAGAAUCGUACACGCUGCCGGACGGGCGCAUGAUAAAGGUCGGCGGCGAGCGCUUCGAAGCACCGGAGGCUCUCUUCCAGCCGCACCUGAUCAAUGUGGAAGGCCAGGGCAUCGCGGAGCUGGUCUUCUCGACGAUCCAGGCUGCCGACAUCGACAUGCGGUCGGAGCUGUACAAGCACAUCGUACUGUCGGGCGGGUCCACCAUGUACCCCGGCCUACCGAGCCGUCUCGAGCGCGAAAUCAAGCAGCUCUACCUCGAGCGGGUGCUCAAGAACGACAUCGACAAGCUGUCCAAGUUCAAGAUCCGCAUCGAGGAUCCACCCCGGAGAAAAGAUAUGGUUUUCAUCGGAGGCGCCGUCCUAGCUGAGGUGACCAAGGAUCGCGAUGCGUUCUGGAUGUCCAAGGCCGAGUACCAGGAGCAGGGCCUGAACGUGCUGAAAAAGCUGAGCACACGCACUAGCAACUAAACGUGCGCAUAAAAUUCAUCGAAUGCGCAAUGGGACAAUAUUCUUGCUGCAUUUAUUUUGUAUCGCAUUUUAGUGUUAAAGAAGUGAGCAGCACUACGCAUAACGACGGUGUUCGGUGCGAAAAAAUGGCCUACCCAUUUCUCACUGAGAGUGUGCGAGGUUCGAUUAAGUUCCAUUAGGUUAACAUAUUCGUGUACAUGUUCUAACUUUCGUGUAAUUGCCGAUUUAAUAGUGAGGUUAAAAGUUAUAUUGUAAAAAUGAACCAUUUAGCACCUGCAUAAUUCCGGCACACUGGAAACUUCUACGUGCGCUAAUGUUGCUUGAUUUUUUUUUUGUUUCUUUCCAACCCGUAUUGUACACAAGCCAAACACAUUACCCACGCGGCAUGUUAAAUGUGUUGUUUUAUUCAAAGUAUUCGUUGAUAAUAUGAGAUAUGUGUUUCGCAUACUUUUUUUGUGUUUGCAAGUAAUUUUUUUAAUUAAUCCCAUUCGUUCGUCUUCCUGCUCAUCGUUCGCAUUUGGAAAGAAAGGAAGAGUAUGUUAUUUCUGUAAGAUGUGUAGCACCUGAGUGCGCGAGACUGGAGUAGGCGAGUAGUGGAACUGAUGCAAAGGUUCCCGGGGGGUUUUUUUUUGCUGGAAGCAAAACCUACGGCAACAGUAGUAUAAUUUCUCUAUAUAUGUCCAAGUAAACAACCAAUAAAGCUUUCGGGGACAGGAGACGAGCGAGAGAACGAGGUUGAGAGUGCGCGCAGUGUUAUCCAAAGUGUUUACAUUCGAUUCGAAAGAGGUGG